CAGAAGUGUCAGUAGAUAGUUGGAGUGGAACCGCAGGUCUGCUGGUGGACGACAUAAAAAGUAUAGACGUUGAUCGUGACUAGGGACUGGGCUUUCACCAACUGGAUUUACUUUGCAACCUUUAUUUGUUGUUCCUUUUCACAUGGGGAGCUGAAAAGCGUGCGCGGUGCAUGUUGCAGAAUGUUAGUUGUUCCGGUGUUUGAGUUCCUCUUGCUCGCGUGCGCGGCUCGCGGGUCUCGUGCGCUCGGCUCCCACGCCAGCCCGGACGUCGCGAGUAACGCGCGUGCUCUCUCGGAUAACCAGCUGGAGGUGUUUGGUGCCACAACCAGCAGCCCGAACCAUCUACCUGAGGAGAAGCUGUCACCGUUAACCUCAGCUCCAUUCCUCACCACUCCAAAAGACAGGAGUACGACCGGUCUAGUCACAACCACAGUGGGUUCUUCACCCAGAACAAUGGCUCCAACACUUCUCAACUCGACAAAGCCUAACAUUUCACUAACAACUACAGGAACGUCGAAUAACACCAGUUCCUCACCAACCAUUACUUCAACAGCUACUACGGAAUCCUCCACCAGCACCUUCAGCCCCAACACCAGCACCACCACCACCACCACAUCAGAACUUACCACCAAAAAAGGUAAUCCAUCCAAAGGCCCUCAGUGUAACUGCAGCACAAACGGCUCAGUGGACCCUGACAGCUGUGACCCACUCACCGGCGGCUGUAAGUGUUUGCGUGGCUAUUCCGGACUCCAUUGUGAGCAGUGUUACACCGGCUAUUUCAGAAACCACACAGGUGCCUGCCAGCAGUGUGACUGUGACUCAUCCGGAGCAGCGGGGCUGCAGUGCAAUAGCUCAGGAGUUUGCGAGUGUAAAGCGGGAGUAGACGGCGACAAGUGUACCAACUGCAGUCCGGGCUUCUUUAACUUUAGCAGCACAGGAUGCCAAGCAUGCCAAUGCAACAAUCACUCGAACACCUGCGACAAACAAUCAGGCGUCUGUUUGAACUGCCAGGGGAACACCAGAGGCUCCAGCUGUGCUGAGUGCAAACCAAACUUCUACCGAGAGCACGGCUCCAGCCUCAGGUUUCCGUGCUCGACCUGCCCUUGCUCCAUCGUCACCUCGUCAGGCAACUGCACACUCAACGCAUUUGGGAAGCCGGUGUGCGACCAGUGCAACCCUGAGUACGAGGGCCCCAACUGCGAGCUGUGUCGAGUUGGCUUCUACAACGCAGACAGUAUCUGUGUGCCAUGCGACUGCAAUGGGAACGCAGAGCCAAGCAGCGCACCCCGCACCUGCAACCCAGAGACCGGACACUGCCUGAACUGCAGCUUCAACACCACUGGAUCUCACUGCCAGUACUGCGCCCCUGGUUUCACUGGAGACGCUCUUGUCAAGAACUGCACAGCCAUCAUACCCACUACACCUCUGUACUCUUCCACUAUGACCACCAGCCCUAAUGUAACCGAUCAGUUUCCCACAUCAUCUACGGCGCUCCUGUCCGGUCUAACGAGCGCUUCUACCAACAGCACAUCUAACUCCGAGCUAGUGAGCUCGUGGCAUCAGAUCAGACUAAUCAUUCUGGCUGUGAUCAUCACAUUGAUAGUGGCACUGCUGGGAACAGCUGGCGGCAUUUACACCUACCGGCAGUACCAGAACCGCAAGAUCAACGCACCGUUCUGGACAAUCGAGCUAAAGGAGGACAACAUCAGCUUCAGCAGCUACCAUGACAGUCUGACCAACGCAGACGCCUCUGGUCUGUUGGACGAUGAGGCAUGCGAGGCAGCCUCCAACGGGCAGCUUACCCUCAACAGCCCUGGGAGUUUAUACAUGCCGUGACAUGACCUUCAGUGAAUUAUGGUAGCAUAAUAUCGACUAAGCAAUUUGAGACGCUAAUUAGAAAAUGGUGAUUCAGUCCUGUAUAUGGAAUUGUAUUUCUUUUUGUGAAGGUGCAUCAAUUAUUUUAGCAUUUAAUCAAAAUCUUCUGCACGAUUGUGAAGAGGAAGCAAAAUUGCUAAUUUGACGACCUCAUGUUUUAACAAAACUGAAACUGUUAUGACAUUUGGCUUUUUGCAUAAAAAAAACCAUGAACACCCACACAGGAAAUGAAUUACAUGGCAGGAAUUAGCAUUUUCUAAUUAGGGUUGUGAAUUUGAGUUAAGUCUGGAUUGCACUGCCAUAAAGUGUUUAAUUUGUUUAACAUUCAGCUUAUGGUUGAGGGAGGAAAAAAGGACAUGCUUUGAUGCUUCUGGUUUUACAGGAAACGUAGACGCACAUAGAUGUGAAGAAAUGCACAAACGGAGGAUAUGGAAAGCGAGACCACCUCCAUCGGACAGUCUCGACAGCUCAGCCAGGUUUUACGGGGUGUCAGUGUGGCACCCGGCACUCUGAACUUUUUUAUUUAACUUUAACCAAGGCGUUGUGGGACCGGACAUGCACUAAUGCUUUACACACACACACACACACACACACACACACACACACACACACAAACAUAGACCUACAGAAAAGGGAGAUACAUGAAAGAAUUGCACAUAGAAAGAGGCGAUGUUGAGUGUUGCGCCAUGUGGUUGCAGGUACAAAAGCCAUGUGUUAACACUGAUGAUGGUACUCAGGCGUCUGUUUUCCUCCAUACUGCAGUGGCAUUCAAGCUGAUGCACUGCAUCGUGGGAUGCAGCAGAAACACAUGCGGUUAUGAAGUAGGGGCAUGUCUACAUUACUUCCAUUACAUGACUUUUACAAAUAAUAACAACAAAUCACAAUAAGGCAGUUUCUAUGACGAAUUUUUGCUUUUUAUUUCUGAAAAGAGAGUUGAGUAUUUAAGGAUAUACUGUACACAAGCUGGUUUUAGUCUAAUCGUAUUCAUAUAGGAUUACUCCCAUCACUGCAAUUCUACAGGUGUGCCUAUAGAGGGCAGUAUUUAAUCAAUCGCUGAACGCUCUCCUGCACAUGCCACCUCUUAAUGUUUUAGAUGAUGCACUACUUAUAGUCCUAAUAGAGAAAGAACAGCAACUGUUUCUCUGUGGCGAUACCAGCAAAUCAUAGUGGUGUUUUGUUUUUAAACUUCUCCAGAGUGAACCUCUUUGCCAGGCCAGUGAGAUUUUUCUUUUGUAUUAUUAUUAUGACUAUUUUUUACAGAUAAUUAGCUUCUCAGUUGCACUGUACGUUUAUAUCAGUCAGACACAUCGUCUUGCAGUAAGUGAGGUUUAGCUUGACGGGUUUUUUUUUUUUUUUUUAUGUGAGACACCUCAGUUUCCUACAGUUAUCACUGAAUGUCUAGAGUGAACUAAGUUUCAAGGCAUAAAGGUGGAAGCACUUGCAUGGAAAAAGUGUUAUGUCAUGAGUCAGAUUGUCUGGCCAAGAAAAGUCAGGCUUGUUUGGCUAAAACAACUCUGCAAUUGUUCCUGCUCCUGCCUGAUCGAACAAGUGAGUGGAGACGUGUUAGUAGAGAGUAGCUGACGGGAAGAAUGCCAAAAACGGUUGCUAAAAUAAUAACAGUGUAUGAGGAAAUAACUUGAGCCAGAGCUAUUAAAAAAAGUAGGCAAAGGAUAUGUGUGGGUUUUUUUCCAAAAAUAAUACUAGUUCAUUUUCAUCAGAGCACAAGUAAAUUAUUUUGUUUAGGCAGCUUUUAACUGAAGCACUGAGUACGUCAAUACAUGACACCAGGUUCCAUCUUGCAUCUUCUGCUACAUUCAAAAGCUCCCAUUUCUCAAUCAGGUUCUCCCCCAUACCUGAGGUCUGGUUAUUCUGUAAAUAUUUGUUGUACAGAGAAAUUAUGUUGUAAAUAAAAAUGCUGCUAUUGUAUUGUAUAGGUACGAUGUGGGGAGAUACCAUAUAUACACACAGAAACCAGAAACACAGUAGAUUACAGUCCAUCUCACCCUGACCGGAAAAAGAAUGGCUAACUUUAUCUGGUCUUAAGCUUUUUUUUUGUUAAAGUGCAGACCACACAACUAACUCUGUGAAUGAUUUCAAUAAAAAAACCUUUUGACCAAA